AUGUCAUGCAAAGAUUUUCCUUUCAUCAUUGAUAUUUUGACAUGGGGUAGGGGAAUAUACGACAGUGUCCAGAUUUAUACUCAGUUUUUGCUCAUUGCAAGUUGUGUUGCUCUGGUAAUUGACUUUGUGAUGGCUGUUUCAUCGAGCGAACCCCCUAGUUUGAGUGAGGUAGCUAUUUCAACAGGAAAAAUUCCAUUUUCGGUGUUUCAACUUUUGUGGAUGAAACUGAUUGCAGGUACUUUAGCAGUUCUUGCCCUCAAUAUAGAGAAGCCGUCUCAAGAUGUUAUGAGGAGGCCACCAAGAAACUUGAAAGAGCCACUAAUCACAGCCCAAAUGCGUAAAAAUAUUGGGGCUCAAGUUUUAUAUCAGAUAGCCAUCUUUUUGGUUAUACAUUUCAAAGGCAAAUCAUUAUUUAAUGUGAAUGCUAAGGAAAAGGAUUCUUUGGUCCUUAGUACAUACAUUCUCUGUCAAGCCUUCAACAUGUUCAAUCACAGGCUUCCGGAGAACAUUGUUGAGGAGAUGCAAAAGAAAAAACUUUUCUUGAGCAUCAUCGGACUAAUGAUUUCCAUUCAGUUUAUAAUGGUGGAACUUUUGAACGGGUUUUCAGGGACAGACAGGCUAGGACUUGGCCAGUGGGGCUUGUGUAUAGCCUUUUCUGCUGCACCUUGUAUGGUCACUUGGUUUGUCAGGUGCAUGCCUUCUCUCGAAAACUUCAAGUUGCCAGUGUUGAAGCCUAAAAUCGAUUAG